GUCAGUGAGUCCCCCACGCCCAUCUUCUUCGUCUCUCUCCCACUUCAAACUUCUAAACCCGACAGCGCACUACUCACUGUAACUCAGCUUCUGCUUCUUCAAUCUUCAUCACUUUCAACUCACACAGAGAGAAAAAGAAAGCAACGUUUCUUUUAUAAACACAUUAGAAGUCUAAAACCUUUCACAGUUACGAAAUAAUGAGAACACUUCUCGUAUUUGUUGCAGUAUUGUUGGCUGCUGGUACUUGGGCCGUCCGGGCUUGUCCGCCUUCAGACCGGGCGGCCCUGCUCGCUUUCAAAGCGAGCCUCCAUGAGCCCUACUUGGGAAUUUUCAAAUCAUGGACCGGCGCCGACUGCUGCCACAAAUGGUACGGUAUCAGCUGCGACCAGGAGACCCGCCGUGUCGCCGACAUAAAUCUCCGGGGUGAGUCCGAGGACCCGAUUUUCGAACGUGCCAAAAGAACCGGCUACAUGACCGGGACGAUCUCGCCGGCCAUCUGCCGCCUGACCCGCCUCUCCAGCAUCACCAUCGCCGACUGGAAGGGCAUCUCCGGCGAGAUUCCCCGGUGCAUCUCCAACUUACCCUUCCUUCGGAUCCUCGACCUCAUCGGAAACAAGCUCACUGGACCGCUUCCGUCCGAGAUCGGCCGGCUCCAGAGGCUCACCGUCCUCAACGUCGCUGACAACCUCAUCUCCGGCACAAUCCCAGAGUCCCUCACGAAAAUCUCAACCCUCAUGCACCUAGACCUCCGCAACAACAAAAUUUCCGGCAAGUUGCCGGCAGAUUUCGGCCGGCUCGGCAUGCUCAGCCGCGCUUUGCUCAGCCGAAAUCUGCUUUCCGGUUCCAUUCCCGCUUCCAUCUCUCAAAUCUACCGUCUGGCCGAUCUUGAUCUCUCUCUCAACCAACUCUCCGGUCCGAUUCCGGCCUCUCUAGGCAAAAUGGCCGUCCUCGCAACCCUAAAUCUCGACUGUAACAACAUCACCGGAACUAUUCCCCCGAGUUUGAUUGUCUCAGCUAUAAGCAACUUGAACUUGAGCCGAAACUCCCUACAGGGUUUUAUUCCAAACGUGUUUGGGCCGAGAUCUUACUUCACUGUGAUAGACCUGUCGUACAAUAGGUUUAGGGGUAAUAUUCCGUCGACCCUAUCGUCGGCUUCUUACAUCGGUCACUUGGAUUUGAGCCACAACCACCUCUGUGGAAAGAUUCCGGUGGGUUCGCCGUUCGAUCACCUUGAAGCAUCGUCUUUUAGUUACAACGAUUGCUUAUGUGGGAAGCCACUAAGAGCUUGCUAAAUUAAAUUGCUAAGUAAGAUUAUAUACAUAGUGAAGAUGGUCAUUAUUACUAUGAAAGACUCGUAAGAGAGGAUUAUGUAUUCCGUGUGUUUUAUUAGAUCAUUAUUAUUUACUAAUGAGCAAUGAAGUAUUAUUUUUCAUGCA